AUGAGGCAUUCUAGUCCCACACAUUCUCUCAUCUCCAUCACAUUAGCCUUGUUUCUGUGGCUAGUCACAACCACCUAUGCCACCAUUAUCCCAACCCAAAAGCCCCAAAGAAGCUUCGCAAACCAAUUCCUGAUUCCCCAGAAUGCGGCUCGGGCCGCGGUGGGCUUGCGCCCAUUGGUGUGGGACCCCAAACUGGCCCACUAUGCGCAGUGGUAUGCAAACCAAAGGCGCAACGACUGUGCCUUGGAGCAUUCAAAUGGGCCAUACGGUGAGAACAUAUUCUGGGGUAGCGGCACUGGGUGGAAGCCAGCCCAAGCCGUUAGCGCGUGGGUGGAAGAGCGACAGUGGUACAAUUAUUGGCAUAACUCUUGUGCAGAUGGACAAAUGUGUGGACAUUAUACUCAAGUUGUUUGGAGCAGCACUAGGAAAGUUGGUUGCGCUAGCGUUGUUUGUUCUGGUGGUAAGGGUACCUUCAUGACUUGCAACUAUGAUCCUCCUGGGAACUACUAUGGAGAAAGACCUUACUGA